AUGAACAAUGUCCUCGAUGCUGCCGUCAACUACACAAUGACUGAGAGCAGCUCUGCUGCUCUUAUCGAGAGCCUCCGCGCUCAACAUCCAGACAUCAUGGCCCAGCUGCCAAAUAUCCGCUUGGUCGAACAAGGCAGCCUCGAAAACGGCACCCAACCAUACGCCUACCUGUGCGACACGGUUGUUGAGCACGAUCUCAGUAUUGACCUUACCGGCCGGCUGCAGCCGAGCGCAGGAUCACAGUGGAAUGCAAUGUCCGACUUGAUCGACGUUUUGGCACCUGGGGCGAGACUUGGGUGGUAUGUGGUGCACAACGAUGAUCCGUUCCGCGGUGGGAAUCCUCCAGUGGCCUACAAAGAUACAGAGCAGGCGCGUGCUGGAAGCGGCGAGAGGGGUGGGAAGAAGGGUGGACUCAAGGGAUUCUUCGGCGGAAAGAAAGGGGUAAAGACCUGA